AUGGCGGUGCCAUCGCUCCAGCUCUGCCCGGAGAAAGCGACGGUCGGCACGGACAUCCGCGUGGUCGGCAACGACGCGGCCGAGAAGCUCGCGAUCGCGUCUGGCACGCUCGCGCGCCUCGACCGCGAAUGCCCCAACUACGGCUUCAACACGUACAACGACUUUAACACGUUUUACUUCCAGGCCUCGUCGGGCACGAGUGGCGGGUCGUCCGGGUCGCCCGUGCUCAACGGCGACGGCGACGCGAUCGCUUUGAACGCGGGUGGCAAAAUGGGCACGUCGGCGUCCUACUACCUCCCGCUCGACCGGGUCAAGCGGGCGUUCGAGCUCCUCCAAGCCGGCGCCGACGUCCCACGCGGCACGAUCCAGACCGUGUUUCAGCACAAGCCGUUUGAUGAAGUGCGCCGUCUCGGGCUGCCCGCGGCGACCGAAGCCACCGUGCGGCAAGCGUUUCCAUCAGCCAACGGCCUGCUGGUCGUUGCGGAAGUGCUGCCGAGCAGCCCGUGCCACGACAAGUUGCAGCCAGGCGACGUGCUCUUGCGCGUGAACGGCCAGCUGCUGCACGAAUUCGUGCCUCUUGAGAGUGUCCUCGACGACGCCAUCCACGCCUCCGUACGUCCGCCUCGAGCUGGACCGGCGGGCGAGCUCAUCACUGUCGACGUCGACGUCGACGACCUGCACGCGAUCACACCGUCGCGGUUCCUCGAUGUCGGCGGCGCGACGAUCAACCCGCUCUCGUACCAGCAGGCGCGCAACCACGUGCUCUCGCCGGGCGCGCCGUAUGUGGCGGACCCGGGCUACUUUUUGCAACGGUCGCGCAUUCCGAAAGGCGCGUUGCUGCUGUCCGUGAACGGGACGCCGACGCCAACGCUCGACGCGCUCAAAACCGUCUUGCUGCAGUGCCCCGACAAGGCGCGCUUGGUGGUCAAGUACAAGCACCUCGCGAGCAAGGUCGAGAAGGUCGAGGUCGUCCACGUCGAUCGCCGCUGGUUUCCAUUCCAAGAGUACAUUCGCAACGACGCGACGGGGGCAUGGACGUGCACGAGCCUCGAUAUGUCGUUGCCGCCGACGUCCGAGCCGUCGCCGGUCGGGUCGACGUCGAUUCUGCCCGGAAAAAACUUUAUCGAAGGCGCGCUGGCCCCGUCGCUGGUCACGAUCGAGUACGACCGCCCGUUCUCGAUCAACAGCCAGAACAUGGCCAACUACCGCGGCACCGGUCUCGUGCUGAGUGCGGAGAAAGGCCUUGUCGUCGUCGACCGCAACACGGUCUCGGACCGCCUCGGCGAUGUCAUGGUGACGUUCGCCAAUACGCUCGUCGUCCCCGGCAAGGUCCGCUUCGUGCACCCAGUGCACAACUUUGCGAUCGUCCAGUACAACCCGAGCCUCAUUGGGGACACGCCCGUGCAGUCGGCGACUGUCUCGCGGACGCCGCUGCAGCCGUCCGACCCGGUCUGGCUCGUCGGGCUCAUGAGCGGCAUUGGCCGGAGCUCGUGGUCGGAGCUCGUGUCGCGCGAGACGCUUGUCUCGAGUGUCAAGUGGAUCGCAUUGCCGAUGCCCAACCCGCCGCGGUACCAAGAGCACAACCUCGAAAUGGUCGCGCUCCAAGACGUUGUCAACACGGAAGGCGGCGCGGUGUGCACGCCGUCGGGCGCCGUCGCCGCGUUCUGGGCGUCGUUUUCGUUUCAGCAGCAGCGCGGGCCGACCAAGGUCGAGUCGCAGUUCACGCGGGGCAUUCCCAUGGACAUCAUUCUCGACAGCGUCGAGCCGCUUCUGCACGGCGAAGCGUCGCCCAAGCUCUUUGAUCUCGGCGUGGAUUUUGAGCACAUUAGCCUCGCCAAAGGCCGCGAACUCGGCAUGGACGAAGCGACGGCGAAAGCACUCGAGGCACACGCACCCGCGCGCCGCACGAUCUUAUCGGUGGGCCGGCGCUGGGGCGGUACCGACGCCUCGGCCGUCUUGCGCAACGGCGAUGUGCUGGUCGCGAUCGACGACCGCGUCGUCACGUCGUUCCGCGAAGUCGAGAUCGCAACCCAGAAGGAGUCGGUGCGGGCCACGAUCGUGCGCCAGGGCACGCGCAUGGACGUGACACUCAAGACGGUGCACCUCGAGAGCUGGGAAGUCGAUCGCAUCGUAUUUUGGCAAGGCCUCCUCCUCCAAGUCCCGCCGCUCUCGGUCGCGUCGCAGCGCGAAAUCUCGUCCCGCGACGGCGUCUAUGUGUCGUGCCGGUACGCGGGGUCGCCGGCGGCGCGGUAUGGCCCGCCGCCCACGAGCCGCAUCUGUGAGCUCGAUGGCAUCCCGAUCUCCAACCUCGACGACUUUGUGCGCGUUGUGACGGCCAAGUCGGCGACCGCGUCCUCGAUCCGCGUCAAGUACAUGGACCUCGGGGGCAAAAUGCAUCUCACGACGCUCAAGCUCGAGCCGACGUUCUGGCCCACGAGCCAGCUGACGUACCGCGACAACGAUUGGCAGCGCCAGAGCUUGUGA